AAAGUUGUUUUUUGUUACUGUCAACAUCAAUUGAAUUUUUUCGCAUAAAAACUGACAUGUUUUCUUGAAAAUUUAUUUUUCAAGAAUUUUUUUUUCUAAUUUUCAGUUUUAGCUCUCUACGAUCUUCACUCAUAAUUCAUCGUCAUUUUCUGAUCCAACUAGGUAAAAGCAAACUACUAAACGGAUCAUUCUAUUUCUCUCUUUCUUUCUAGAACGCAAACUUGAAAAUGGAAAUGGAAGGAAAACCAGAGUCAAAGCCAAGGAUAUUGAAGCUGAAGCCAAUUGAAAUCACCCCAGAAAGCUUUCAAGAGUUUGGGCAAGUGGUUGAAGCAUCCCCAGAUGGAGAAGAGUUUGGUCCUAAAGAUGCUCAGCUGGAUCUCAGCAAAGGAAUCCCAAGGUUACAGAUUAUGCGGCUUGAGGACCAACCACUCAAGUUUGCCACAAUUACACACCAUGCCAGUGUAACCCAAUGCCUUGGAUCCAAUGGAGGUCACGUUUGGUAUCUUGGAGUUGCUAAGCCAUCAAUAGUGGACUCAAAAGAAACUAAGAAUGAGAAGGGCAAGGCACCUCUGCAGUCACAUUGUGGUCAUUUUUAUCUGCCUCCAGCUGUUGAUGGUGUGCAAGUUUUCAGAAUUUCAGGUCCUAAGUUCCUAAAACUUAAUGUUGGAACUUGGCAUGCUGGACCUCUAUUUAAGGAACACUCUAUGUACUUCUACAACUUAGAACUAAGUGAUACCAAUGAGGUGGAUCAUACAACACAUAGCUUCAAAAAGAAGGAUGGAGUGGUUUUUGCCAUUGAUGACUAACUGUUAUAUGCUCAAUCGAUGAUCUGAUCAAUAUGUCUCCAGGUUCUUUCAGAAGUAUAUGCACAAAAAAUGGGACUCCUUUGCUUUGCUAAUUUGCUGAUUUUUUUUCCUUGUCUAGUUUGUUUUAUUAUAGCGGAGGAUAUUGGGAUUUUAGGCAAUAAUGGGAGGAAGAGGAAGGUUUGUAUUUGGGGAGUUUUUAUCUGUAGCUGUUUGCAUGUACUUCUGGUGAUCACUUCCUGGGAUUGAUUUUUCUCUUUUGGAAUAUGCUAAUGGAAACUUUUUUUUAUUGCACUAUUUUCUUGGUUGCUAUGUUGUUUUGUUAUGUAUAUACUAUUAAUUAAUCUUGAAACCAUUUAUUUAUGUUUAUCAACUUCUUCUUGUUGCUAAUUUGGCCAUCCAGCAAGGGGAAGGGAAGCAAAGUAAGGAGAAAUAAAGGGAAAACUUAAGUUUGAGAAACCAGAAUUGGAGGCUGGUAAGCAAUCAACCACAAGUGACUAUCCCGUGAUAACACCAUUUUCACAGGUCUCAUCACCUAUUUCUUUCCAAAAUCAGUGUAUCGCCCAUGAUGCAAGACGUUCUCUAACUCAAGCACAUGAAAAAUCUGAGAAGCAAAGAUAUCUGUUUCAUCCAUGUUGCAAUGAAAUAACUGAAAGAACCAAAUGUAGUUUCAAAAGCAACGGCUUAAUAGUCAGAAUAACCCUCUUUUAUUAACCAUGCACGAACAUGUCCUUAAAACAAUCUGAGAAAAUGGUAAACAUUGUACAAACGAAAACAAAAGAAAACACUAGAGCUUAGAGUAACCCUUACCAUUGGAAAGAACUCACUCUUUUCCAACACUCCCCAUGAAUCAGUGCUCAUCCAUAGCGAGUUGGUCUUUUCAUAUCCCUCUCCAAAUAUACGUAUGUCCGAAUAUAAAUCACCUUGUAAUCAUUGGACAAAGGAUCCAAUCCAAAUCCAAGAGUAUGCAUAAAGGUGGCGGAAUGUUUUGAUUGAUUACAUUCAGGGAGGUUCCUGAUUUCUCAUGUGGUUGGAUUCCGUAGACAAAAUAAACAAAAUAAUCCAUUAUCAACACAAAAGUCAAAAUCAUGCA